GAGCCGCUCCUCCUAAUUUUUCUCUUCUUAACUUCCCCCACUCGAGCAUGCCAAUCCCGGCUUUCUUUCAGCCCUUUUCUAAACCGUGCUCUUUCGUCCAUUUCCUUAUCGGAUUCUCCUCUCAUCCCUAUCUCCCCUCUCCUCCACGAGGGACAUAUGCACCAUGCCUCCUCGAAGCUCGCUGACCGGCUCCUUCUCGGUCACCGACGCCAAUAAUGAAGUGGUCUGUCCUUUGAAGAAUAACGACGGUUCCAAUUGUCGCAAGCGAUGUCUAGGAGAAAAGCGCUAUCGCUCCAUGCAGGAGCAUAUCCGACGUGCGCAUCCGAACCACUACAUCCCCAAGCUCCCGGCUACCGAAGAGAGCUUCCUACUGAUGGUUAACACCCCGCCCGAACAACGUGCCCAUCUGUCACCUCCAGAACCCCCUCAGCCGCGGCGCCCUCGCGAUGUGGCGGAUAGAGACAUCUACGUAGCUGACGCCAGCUCUCCGGCGACCCCGCGAGCUCUUGACGAGCAAGGCCCCGCCGCAGCGACGGCCGCCGUCGCUCUGGCACAAUUGCACCACCAUCGCCUCGCCUCCGACUGGGAUACUGACAUGGACACCCACUCCGACACCGAUCUACAUCAGGGUCGCAUGCGCUCCACGAUUGAAUUGCCCUCGCUGCGCGACCACUUCAAGCAAGAAUCUCUUCCCCCGUUCUCUUCGCCUCGCCCGCGGGAACUCCUUCCGUCUAUUCUCAAUCAUUCGCCUCCCGGUCGCUCAUCAACUCUACCCCCGAUUCAGCGAAGAGAGCACAAGCUUUCCCGGCCGCGCAAAUCCUCCAUCACGCAGUCGGCCCGAAAACCCAAGCAUGAUCGCCCGAAAUCGAAAGAGUUUGGUCGGCGCCCGAGUCUCGGCGACCGUAAAGCCCUCUCCGCUGAACCUCAGACUGCGGCGUGGGCGCAAGGCAAGCGUUGGGAGGAUCUGAUUGAAGCGGCGACCUCGGCGACCGAAGCUGACGAUGAACGGUACUCCGAAGCUGGCCGAUCUCCAACGAUCGCCCCGCUACUCGCUAACGUGACGUCUGCUCCAUCUGGGCCCAAGAAUCGGUCUUCCCUACCACCGGCUUUCCAAUCGGCCCAAGGGCUGCCACCUCUCAACCGACAGUUUCCACCGCAUUCAUAUGCGGCGUCGCCACUGCACAAGUCACUUACGCCCCCGCCAUACGAAGGACCCCGCAGUCGCGACAGCGACCUGGAACCAUUCCCAUCAAUCGAAUCGUCACUAGACUCCAUGUCCUCGGCAUCAGGAAAGAACUUGCCUUCCGCAUCAUCAGGCGUCGCCCGAUCAAUAAACUCCGACUCAAGUCCAGUCCUGAAUCUAAUUCCGCCCGUCUCCCAGCGACAGCACCACCGUUUCUCGAACCCCACCCCCGCUUCAUUCCGCAACAAAGAGAUUCAAAUCUACUGUGCCAAUUGUAAGCGUGCCUGGGCGUUGAAUGAGUGCUACGCAUGUACGGAAUGCAUUUGUGGUGUCUGUCGUGAAUGUGUUGGCAUGUUCAUCACGAGUCCGCCUGCUCAGUUCCGAAGCCCGGGUAAUGGUGCUUUGAACAGUAUGCCGCCUGGGCCGACGAGUUAUCCCGCUGCAAGAGGGUGUCCACGGUGCAGGACGGUGGGAGGAAAGUGGAAAGCUUUCCAGCUGGACUUUAAGUAA